GGAAGGGGGGGGGAGACACACACACACAGGCUUGACGCACACACUGGCUGCGCACACGCACGCAGAGCAGAGCGCACGGACGCACACACACAUUUGAGGCUGCGCACAUUCAAUUCUUUUCACAUAGACACACACACACACACACACAGGGACACAAUUUCAGUCUCUUUCUUUCUCCACGCACACACAUUUUCAAGCUCACACAUUUGCAGCCCGUUUAUUCUGCACACGCUCACAAACGACAAUGACUCCUUUACAGUUGGACUUAACCAUUUGUGUGUGUGUGAGUUUGUGCGUGUGCACACCGAGAGGUCAGAGGUCACUUAUAAUCAGAUUAUUCCACCCUUUCUGAUAUUUCGAGGCCUCUGCUUGGACCUGAGAUCUGCCUUACGUGAACUUUUUUGCCUAUUGAGUGCCCUCCGUGGAAGCACUGGGGUCACGACCUGGCCUUGAAACCGACGCUGACGAGCUACAAAUAGCGGCCUCGGUUCACUCGAUGUCAGAUGUUGUGGUGUCCCUGGUGGGGAUUCGGCGCUUGCUUGCUCAGGGGCACGUCAUCACCUGAGGAAAAGGGAAUUCCACAAAGGAAGACGAAGAAGAUGGCAGCUUGUUCUUUGUUUCCUCUUUUGUUUGCAGCAUUGUGUCAUCGCCAUCUCCAUAUAAAAGAUAAGACGUAGCCACCGUGAUGUCACCAGAGCAAAACGUGGCGACCACGCAGAACUAACUAGCUUCCUGUGCAACAAAGCCCACCUGAGUGUGUGUGAGUGAGUGUGUGUGUGCGCUUGUAUGUAUAUGUGUGCGUGAGGUCAUGUCGGGCAUGACGAGUGGCGUGUGUGUGGACAGUGACCUCUCCUCGAUGCUCCAGAGAAGCUCAGCCCCCUCGCACCAUCACCCGAAUCACCAUGGCUACGGCGGACAGGGACAGGUGUCGGGCCUGGCUCCCAUGCUGGACUACACUACAGAAAUGGAUCGUUACCGCUCCUCCAUCGCCAGUUUCUACAAGACCAACGUCAACAUGAACAUGAACGUUACAAACUUCCCUCAGUCAGCCAAACUGGCCGCCCGCUUGGCCGCGGCUGCCCCCAUCUUCCCUCCCACCGCUGCCAGGCUUGGGGCUAUGGCGACGACGCCCUGGGGUUGCCACGACAACAUGAACAUGAACAUGAACCACCCGGCGGCAAUGUUCUGGGGCCGACCUAAACCCGUGGCGGCCACGCCGACGCACCACCCCCACCAUCAUCAUCACCCCUCUGCGACGCCGGGUCACAUGACCUCCUCGCACCCCCAUAGUACCAGCAUGCACCAGAGCAGCAGCAGUGGGUCAGGAGGGGGAGGAGGUGGUGGGAGCAGUGACGGUGGAGGGGCUGAGAAACACGGACACACUGCCUCACUUCCUGUUUCACAGGGAACGGCACACCAUCACGCCAUGGCAUCAAGCAACGGGAACUUCCUUCCUGGAUACAGUGGCGGAACAGACUGUGGCGUCAUGAACAAGCAGGGACACACCCACGCGGACAUGAUAGGCCUAUCAGAGGGUGGCAGCUGCAACGGAGGAGGGGUUAUGGGUGGCAGCUUCCUGGGGGGGCUGGGACUACCUCCCGGGGUCAUUGUUAUGGCGAUGGGGUCAGCAGGGGGCGGGAUCUCAGACGCUAGCAGCGCCUUUCAGAUGACAGGCGGCCAGCGGGCGCUAACAGACUGCCAGCAGCAUGCCAACUCCUCCCCCUGCCCCUCCUCCUCCUCGCCCCCAUCAUCAGGCAUGACAGCGGCGGCCGUUUCCCUGUCGUCAUCAUCAUCUUCGUCAUCCGGGACGGUGGCUAAAAGAAAGAGGAAGCGGUGUGGCGUGUGCGGGCCGUGCAGGCGGCUCAUCAACUGUGGCGUCUGCUCAUCGUGCCGCAACAGGAAGACGGGUCACCAGAUCUGCAAGUUCAGGAAGUGCGAGGAGCUGAAGAAGAAGCCGGGGGGAGGAGGGGGGGUGCUGGAGCGGCCUCCCUCUGUCCCAGCCAGUGAGGCAUUUCGUUGGUUCUUCUAGCCUUCCCUCCGCCAACAGAACCAAAAUCUGGAGGCCUAGCAGGAAGUCACCAUCACACGGACUGCAAAAUCAGCAAAAGGACUACAACCUCUGGAACUGAAAUUGAUUCUCUGCGACAGGAUUACAAUUUCAUACUGUAUGGAUGACAGUUUGAGACUAUAAAUCCCACCUCAGCUGGAACAGGGAGUAGCUAGACAGAAGGAGAGGAAGAGGGGGCAGUUUGGUCACAGGCAACCGGACUUGGCCAAUUGAUGUGGUGAUGCCAUAAUUGCAUGUUUUUCCCAAGAUUGUGUAAAGGUAAAUUUAUAAAUCAAUUCUUAAAAAGGCGCACACAGAAUGUCCAGACCAUAGCAAGCUAACUCGCUAGAACAGAUACUAGUCUGUAUUUGUACUGGCUAAACAAACUUGUUCCAGACCUCUAAAUUGUCUAUCACUUCUCCUAUUUGCUUUUCUUAACAAACAGUUCAGGCCUUGACUAUUGAAAGGACAGGCCGCUAAGUAGCCACAUAAAAAUAAUCUAUAAAUUCUGUAGCUCUAAUCUAUUACAUAAAAAUUUCGAAAAGCUCAGGUUGUUCCAUUGCAAGCUUGACUGGAUGAAUAUCGAAACAUUAACGGUUCUCUUACGGCUUACUCAUAGAGUUGCAAUCAAUUCAAAGACUAGUGCUGGAACAAAGCUGCCACUAUGUCUGUAGCUAGGCUGUUCUUAAAAUUACAUGAAAUUGUAUCAAAACUACAUCUUUGAGGGUAUAUGAAAUCUGACAUCUACUAGUGAAAAUGCAAGAGUAUUGCCCUGUACCUCUACUUUUAGCAGUUCUUUGGAAGGUUCCAGUACAAUCCAAGCUUGAAGGAGCCAUGCAGAUUGUAGAUCCCAUUUCAGCCAAGAGAAAACUGGGAACUCCCACGGGUAACUGAAAAAUGUUGCAGACAUUGGGAGAAUAAUACCCUGCAUAAUUUGCUAUCAAUGCAACCUGACCCCGAAAAACAGAAAAUAGAGGCAUGACAUCAAAGAUCAAUAAGCCAACAGCAGAGAGAGUGUUCUGUACCUGCUUUCAACAGUAGAUGUUAGAUUUGGGAAGUUGGGCUUCUUUGUAAGCUUGACCAGAUGUUUUGGCCAGAUGUUCUGGUCACGUGAUUGCUCUGGCAAAAGCGGGUGGUGUUAUCAAUAAGGUAGAUUAUCCAUUUCAGAUCCCAGUAUGGACCUCAACAUGAAGUUUACCUUAGCCUGGUGUACCUCAUGUAGCCUUGAUUUAAAAAUGUCUGAAAAUAAAAGAAAAAAAAGGAUGGAAAAAGGCAAUCAAAGCAGUGUUUUUGUAAGUUCCAGAACAGUCUUGACAAUCUCAUUCACAUAAACAUGUAUUAAUUACAUAUAAAUCAUUUUAAGUGCCAACAUUGUGACCGUUUUAUCUAUUUCCUCUAAUGUGUUAUGUAGCUUUUCUGUAAAGGUCCAUCAAGUCACAAAGCCCAAAGUCCACACCAAAGGAAGGUAGUCUCUCCCAGAAGAAGAAAAGCCCAGUUUGUAGCCUAGGAUUUCCUGUUGUUACUUAUAGACAUCAUUCUGAAAUAACAAUAUAUGCCAGUUUGGUCCUGUUAAACUAAUGAUAAUGGAUUACUCUCACUGUAAUCCCCCUGACAGUAGGAAAAUCAUGUAGCUAACAUUACCUCACCUCUGACUGACCACCCACAGGAAAGAGCUAUCUGGAAAUAAUAAUCUUCAGUAAAUAUAAGAAAUUAUACAAACUUUAGUACCAAAUGUAAACCAGUUAACAGAUUUCAUGAAAUUCAGCAAUCUUGCUGACAAACAUAUUUUGCUAAUAGAAAAAAGUAUUAUGUUAAUAGUAACAUUAUUGCAAGAAUGCUUUGUGUACUGUGCAAUGUAGCAACUUUUUUUUUCUUUUUCCAUAACACUUAUAUUACCAGGAAGUAAAACAAUUGAGAUCAAACAUCUCUUUCUGGCUUCCUGGAUUUUGUGAGUGCCCUUAUCCUAAACAGGGAGCAUAAGUCUAGCCUGGUUUUCAGUUAUGGCAAUUAUGACAAAACCAUAGUUCUCAGAGAAAAGCUGUUCAAACAUGGGGAGAACAUGCAACAGGGCUUACCACUGAAGCAUCGUGCUGACGUGCUUUUAUAGAAGACUGUUCUUGUUCUGGGUCAAGGUCCAAACUCCUUAAUCUGGAUUUCUUUUAAGAAUAACAUAUCUUUAAGGUAUGUAAGCGGUGUUCACAUAAACAUCCAAGACAUUACCAGUGAAAAGCUGAUUGUCUGAAAGUUCGAAGUAAAUAGAAAAAAUAACUAUACCUGAUUAAAUUGGCUACUCUUCCUUUCAGGGUGUUCAAAUUCAUGUGUAGCCCAACAUGGCUUAGGUUGCAUAGUGGAAGUCAUCCUCUAACCCCUCAGGACCCUGCCUCGGGAUGUUGGAGCAGAACUCUGCAUUGGCAGCCUGACACCUGAGAGUGAACUCAGGGUGCACAACACACUUUUUGCCAUAAUAUCAACUAGCAUGGUAGUAGAACUCCUGAUCUGACCUUUGAGCUUUAAUUCUUCCACAUUCUGCUCUCUCACAGUUGCACUUUUUGAUUUUAGUAUAAUUUUGGUCAGCUGUAGUCAGCUGUAGUCUUGCUGUCUUGAGAUGUCCGAUAAUGUGAACAGAAGCCGUAUAUAUGGUAUAUAGUUUGUGAUCAUGGCACAGAUUAUGUAUGUUUGUGUACAGCCUUCACAAUCUGUGAUAAAACUGUCACCUGCUUCCUCUUCUUCUUCCUCCUCCUAGCAAACCACAAACCCCAUUGUAGCCAAACCAGGAAGAAUCAGGACUUAACCACAGAAACAAUUACAGUCUGACCAAAACCGGAUGACACGUUAACCUCAAAGGGAAAAAAAAUCACCACAGAGAGGAUACAAACUGACCUCAGCAGGACGUGAUUCAGGACUGUUAUUAAGGACUACAACUUCACCACAGUAGGACUACCACAUCACUGUUAUCUGUCUCUUCUGUCUACCUCCUCCUCAAGAACAUUAAAGGCACCUUGAUUGAUUCUUAUUGGGCUCUGUUCAUGUUGGUACGGCAUGAUCUGCUUCUUAACUCUCUAGAUGGUCCGGAGCUGAUCUGCCUCUUGUGGAAUCUGGUGUUUAGAUUUUGUAUUUGCAAGUGUACUCUGCUGUCUAAAUGAGUCGUGAAAUGUCUGAAUUUAUUUUAUUUGUCUAGAUUUAAUGGAAAGUUCUCAGGGUGCAGUCACACUUCUGGUUUAUAUGAACUACAGUAGACUGAACACAAAACUCACUUUGUUGCAUUUUUUUUUUUACAUUUGAUUAAAAGGUGGCAGUUGAAGGUUUGAAAUUCCUGUCUUCACUAAAAGCUUAAAAUGGCAAGAUGCAUUUUUAGAGAAGUAUGGAUCAGAAAAAUUGCUCUCAAGUUACACCUCCAGUCCUGAAUAUUCAGAUCUCUAAAGUUCAUAUCUAUGAGACCCCUGCCAGGACCUCCAAGAGAGUUCAGAACCAGUUUCCCUGUACUUGUAUCUGGGCAUAUUGUACCACACAUGAUGACCAGUAGGAUCCAGAACAGAAGAACUCACCUGCAGUUUAUUUGUGGCACAGGGACUCACCUUUGGAUCAUCUGGAGAGCUCUGAGGUUCUGAGUAUAACUCUGGGACUAAAAGGAACUGAACUGAACUAAAAGAUCAAAUCAGAACAUUCCACACACACAGAAAAAAUAAUGUGAUUUCCAACACGUCUGUAGGCCAUUGAUAACAUGCCCUAUGAGACUUUGUGCACAAAAACCUUUAUUACUGUUAACAAUAAUUUGUCUUAUAAAAUGAUUGGACGGCAGAAUCCAUAGCCUUCUUAAAGUCUUAUUUUAAAAUAUUAUCUUCACGAAUGUUGAGCAAUCUGCCAUCAACAGACAUUUGAUAUGCUAUAUGGAUGAAAGUACUGGGCCAACCACACAUUAGGAGCUGCUCGACCAUGGAAACCCAUGCCAUGAAGCUUCUGGUGCUGUAUUUUGCUGAUGCUAGAGGCCUACUCUUUGUAAUGUUUAAAAUGUUUGUGGAGAGACGCUGCAUGGCUAAGUGCUUGAUUUUAUACACCUGUGGCAAUGGAACUGAAAAAACCUGAAUUUACUGAUUAGGAAGUGUGGCCCAGCACUUUUGUCCAUAUGGUGUAUCUGGAAACAGUCAAGAAUGUUAGCCAUUUCACAUGUUUUCUGGGUUGGAUCACAUAACGUUUAGAAGAUUUUCAUUAUAACACACUCUUAUUACUUCAUCAUUUAUCUACUCAGUAGAUAAGUGAUUUGUAAAUAAGAAAGGAGAACAUUAACCCCUGAAAUACAUAAAUGUGAUUCCAGCCAGACACUAUAAAAAAGUGGAUGUAGAUAGUGUAAUGUCAUCCACUGGUUUUUGAAAUCCUGGGAAAAUUAUUUCUAAAUCCCCAGUCACGCUUGUCUACAAAUGGUUCAGUGACCUGAUGGCAACCUGAUGGUUAGCGAAAACUUCCUUGUGAUUGCUUUGGUCACUGGCAGAUUGCAGUGGUCAUAAUUUGGAUGAAUGUGACAGACUUGUCUACAAACAGUAGUCAGUUACCGUCCGAGCUACAAGUAAACUGAAAAGAAGGAUGCAAACUGGAACUGGAUACUAUUUGCCUUCACGAAACCGAACUUUUACUUUAGAGGCAAACAUUCUCCCUUUCUGGUUUGCUUCAAACUUUUUCAAGUUUUACUACCCUAGCAGCCUAGCAGUUAGCAAGUAUUUGCAAACAAACAUGAAAAACUUUAGUCAACUGUGGAAUUUGGUAGCAACCAAAUUUAACAUCAGGAGGUUUUUGGUGGUGGAUCUUUUUUUUUGCAACAGAUUACACCCAGUGUGCAGCAGAAACAUUGAGGAACCACUACCAACUAGUUGGGAAAAACAAAUUUCCUUAGCUACCAAUACAGCAAAAUUGGUUGUAUCACAUCCAACACUGAAGACAACUCUCGAGCAAAGUGUGCAUAACAUCAUAUAAGAAACUUCAACGGGACCGUAAGUCUUUCUGCAACCCUAGCUACCACCAUCUAGUGGCUUUCAGAUAAAUUGCAGUGUUUAGGUAGUUGGGCAUUGGCUUCAUUUUUCCAACCUGAAAAUACAUCCGUAUUUUAUACUAUGGUCCUGUGUAGCUGAUCAGUACUUCGACAAAGUGGUCUUUAGGUGAAACACAAAUACUGAACUAUAUUUUCUAACACUAUAUUUGUUGAAUUUUGACCAGAAAGAAGAAAUAACAGAAGACAAAAAAUAGUAACCACAACCUGAUCCUUUUGUUCCACAGACAGCAAGCCCAAAAAUUCAGAUUUAAUAAAGAAAAUCUUUAUUAAUUUUUAAUUAUUUCAAAGAGCACAUAUUUGUGUUAAUUUGUUGCAAAUAAUCUGACAUCAUCAGCAUAUAGCCAUGUAGCUUUAUGCUCAAUGCAUCCUCCUAUUAUUCCAUAAAUAUAUGAGUGUGAUGCCAUCAUGAUUGCUUGCUCUGACAUGUUGACAAAUCUGUACCUGACAAAUCUGGCGACAGCAUCUUGUAAUAGAAACUGGCAGUAAAAUAUUUUAAAUGUUUUAUUUGGACGUUCACGUCCAUAACAGACUGCACCACUAGUAGGUCAGAAUUUCAACUUCAAAGAAAAUGUCUUGAUAAUUACUAGAUGAUUUGGUGUUAAAUUUGUACAAAGAUUCAGGUUUCCCGCUGAAUGAUUCCUAUUAGUUUGUUUGUGGCUGGUUUCAGUUACUACCAUCAGUGUGUUGAAGUUUCUGCACCUGCCGACGUGUUGGAAAUACAGAUUACUUUUAUUUUGACGUAAGCCUGUCUAAUUUAUUUUUGGAGGAAAAUGUUCCGUUGCUUCAUUGUCAGAAUCAAACAUCCCCUUUUUCUCAGGUUGGCUGAGGUGUCGAAGGUGUUGACGGGGGGUUUGAGGGAGGAAGGGGGCGUUUGUUUAGUAUGUGUGUCCUCCUCCUCAUGUAUUCUGUCUCUGUGACCUCCUCAUGUGCUGAAUUAUAAUAAAGCAUUUCAAAGAUUAGCUGCAAGUGUGUGACAGACACGCAGUGGAUGUCAGGUGAUUGCAUCAUACAGUAUUGUUUGUAAUGAUGUGUGUGAGAGGGAGAGUGAGAGAGCUGGAGGGGAGGGGGAGAGUGAGAGCAGGCAGGCAUGAAAAUGAACAAUAUGUUUUCUUGUGUUUGUGUGAAAUUCUCUGCCAGUGUACUGCUGCCACAAGAUGGAAGCUGAGUGUGUGUCUAAGAGUGUCUAUGUGUGCGCGUGGGCUUCUCAUCUCAGUAAUGGUGUUGCUAUCAGAAAAAGAGAGAAAGACUGAAAGGCUGGUUGUCCCUGACGACAGUGUUCCGUGUUGCCUAGCAACAGCGCUAACAAUGGCCCACCACCAGUGUUCUAGAAUGUGGGCGUGGCCUGACAGAUAGAGACGGGUUGAGUGAUAGAGGAGGGCACUUUUCUCUCAGCAGAGUUUUCAGCCCAUUAAUCUCGUGAUAAACAGCUGUGACAUGAAUGAUUGAUGUU